CACCCACACCCCAUCCACCCCCUUUGUCCUCGACCCCAUCCUCCUCGUCUCGGGGGCUAUGACUGCGACCGCCACUCCUCUACACUAAUUUGCAGAGCUGCGCCCAAAGACGCGAAAGAGAAAAAAUGUCGGCCGACCCACGACUGCGCGCGAGGCAGCAACAGCAGCAGCAACAGCAGGCGACGCCUGCAGCUGUGCCUCCACCUCCUCCGCCCCCGCCCGCCGAACCUCAGCCUGUGGGCAUGGACGGUGCCGGUGACGCCCAGCCAGACCAGAAUGUAGUCCCCGACAACAGUUUCAAGCUAAAGUUUUGCACCGUGUGUGCUAGUAACCAGAAUCGCUCCAUGGAAGCUCAUCUCCAACUGGCAUCGGCCCAUCUCCCAACUAUCAGCUUCGGCACCGGCUCUCUCGUGCGUCUGCCCGGGCCGACAAUCACCCAGCCCAAUGUGUAUCACUUUAAUAGUACAACCUACCGUGCCAUCCAUGAUGAGCUUGCCGAGCAAAACGCCGCUUUGUACACAAACAACGGCCUGCUCAACAUGUUGGGUCGUAAUUUAAACAUCAAGGGUUACCCUGAGCGCUUCCAGGACUGGGUACCUGGCAAGCCUCGCCUUGACCAUGCCGAGGACAAGGGCUCCCAAGGUACUGAGGCUGGAGUCGUUGACGUCGUCAUCACCUGUGAAGAACGUUGUUUUGAUGCUGUGCUCGAGGAUCUACAUAACAAGGGCGGAAAGCUCAACCGCCCCGUUCAUGUCUUUAAUGUCGACAUCAAGGACAACCAUGAGGAGGCCCUUGUUGGCGGCAAAGCUAUUCUAGACCUUGCUCUCAGCCUGAAUGAAGCGGCUGCAAAAGAGCGAGAGAUACAUGGUGACAGCGGAUGGCAGUCUGGUAGCGGUGCUGCUCGUUCUGGCUUUGACGAGCGUGUGCCCGACAUUCUCGCUACAUGGCAAGAGCGCUGGCCAAACAUGCCCGCCCUCUGGAGUCUUGCAUGGUUUUGAUUUCCAACUCUUAUGGCGUUUUGUCUUUUGUUUUCUUGCCGGCUAGACAGCCUUUGAUACCCAUUUGCAUAGCGAGGCGUUCGGGGUAUCACAUUGACCAGUCGACGAUCAUAUGACCAUGGGAUACACUACUACUCUGAAUAAAACACUUAGUUUUACG